AUGUCUGGCCACCGUCCGCUCACCAUUGUCAUGUACCCAUGGUUUGCGAUGGGCCACCUCACCCCAUACCUUCUCACCGCCAACAAACUAGCCCAAAGGGCUCACAAGGUCAUCCUCAUCGUCCCACCCAAGGCCCAAUCCAGAUUGGGCCCACUCAACCUCCACCCGGAUCUCAUCGAGCUACGGCCCAUAUCCAUCCCCCGCCACUGGCUGCCGGGCCUGGCCCGCCGCCUCCAGAUCCAAUCCGUCCACUACAGCGUAGUCAGCCCAGCGUCCAUGGGCUUCUUGUUCGCCGAGGGGACAAUAACUGAAGACAGCCCACCGGGCUACCCGCCGUACAUGAAGCCCUACAAGCACGUUGCCCGUGAUUUCCAGUACUUCGAAACGGUUAAAGAACCCGGCAGCGGCGUAACGAUAAAGCAGCGGCUGGUGACAGCAAUCUGCGAGAGCAGCGCCGUUGGAUUCAGAACGUGUAAAGAGAUCGAGGGCCGUUACUGUGAGCUUCUUGAGAAGAAGCUCAAGAAGCCAAUUCUACUGACAGGCCCAAUCGUGCCAGGCCCACAAUCGUCGGCCCAAGACGAAAGAUGGGCCGACUGGCUAAACAAAUUCAAGCCCAAAUCCGUCGUCUUCUGCUCGUUCGGCAGCGAGGCCGUUCUAAGCAAGGCCCAAUUUCAGGAACUCCUCCUAGGGUUCGAGCUGGCCGGUUUCCCGUUUCUAAUCGCACUAAGGCCGCCGCCUCUGGAAUCGGGCAGCUUGGAAGAAGCCCUGCCCGAUGGAUUCGGGCAGAGAACGAAGGAUAGAGGGAUCGUCCACGUCGGGUGGGUCCCACAGCGGCUGAUACUGAAACACCCGUCGGUCGGGUGCUUUGUGACGCACUGCGGGUACGGGUCGAUGUGGGAGGGCCUGACGAGCGGCUGCCGGCUGGUGGUGCUGCCGCAUGUGGCCGAUCAGUAUGUGCACGCGAGGCUGCUGAGUGCGGAUCUGAAAGUGGCUGUGGAGGUGGAGAAAGGGGACGAGGAUGGGCUUUUCACAGAGGACGGUGUCUGUGGGGCCAUAAGAGCGGCGAUGGCGGACGAGAGCGGAGUUGGGAAGGAGGCGAGAGAGAAUCACGACAAGUGGAGGGAGAUUUUGCUGAAAGAGGGGUUUGAGGAUGCUUAUUUUGAUAAGUUUGUCGAUAAUCUCUACGCCAUUCUCUGA